ACUGCAGUAAUGCUCGGAAAUUUUUGAACUUCCGGUUUUUGAAGGUUCCCGCAAAAUCUGAUUUUUUGGAAACUUUUUGAGAGAAACACAGAUGAGUGCAGAUGAAAAGAUAGAGGUGAAUGGUAAUGGUGUCCAUGGUGACGAGAAAGUUGUCAUCCUAGAUGCUGGGGCACAGUAUGGCAAGGUGAUAGAUCGUCGUGUGAGAGAGUUGAAUGUUGAGACAGAGAUACUUCCCUUAGAUACACCAGCAUUCUGUCUGAAGGAGAAAAAAUUCAAAGCCAUAAUCAUAUCUGGUGGUCCCAGCUCGGUAAAUGACAAAGAUGCUCCGAGAUUUGACCCAGACAUUUUCAGUAUCAGUAUACCUGUCCUAGGUAUAUGCUAUGGUCUACAGAUGUUAAAUGUAACAUUUGAUGGAACAGUGGAGAAAAAAGAAACCAGGGAAGAUGGUCAAUUUAAUAUUGACAUAGACACAACUUCUCCUCUUUUCAGUGGUUUAGAGAAGACUCAGGAAGUGUUGCUAACACAUGGUGACAGUAUAGAGAAGGUGGCACCAGGCUUUAAACCAAUUGCACACUCCGGCAACUUGAUAGCAGGUCUAGCAAAUGAAGAGAAGAAGUUGUAUGGUGUACAGUUUCAUCCAGAGGUAGAUUUAUCAACCAAUGGCCAACAGAUAAUGAAGAAUUUUCUCACACUAUCGGGCUGUCACUUUACAUACACAAUGGCUUCUAGAGAGUCUGAGUGUUUGGAAUAUAUCAAACAGACAGCUGGAGAUCAUAAAAUACUGAUGUUGCUCAGUGGUGGAGUGGAUUCAACAGUGUGUGCAGCUCUGUUACAUAAAGCUCUCCCAGAUGAUCAGGUGAUUGCUCUACAUAUAGACAAUGGGUUUAUGAGGAAACACGAGAGUGAACAUGUGGAAACAUCUCUCAAUAAAAUUGGCCUCCAUGUCAAAGUGAUUAAGGCGGCACACCAGUUUUAUAGUGGAAGAACGUUUAUCACAGGCAAAGGUGAGGGCAAAAAGAGAAAAACAAACACGCUCAACACAACAGUAGAUCCAGAGGAGAAAAGGAAAAUAAUCGGAGAUACUUUCAUGAAGGUUGCAAAUGAAGUAAUAGAGGAGCUGAAUUUACGACCAGAGGAGGUUUAUUUAGGUCAGGGUACGUUACGACCAGAUCUCAUUGAAAGCGCGUCAGAAUUGGCAAGCGGGAAAGCAGAUGCAAUAAAAACACAUCAUAAUGACACAGAUUUAGUGCGAGAAUUGAGAAAACAGGGUAGAGUUGUUGAACCGUUGAAAGAUUUCCACAAAGAUGAAGUACGUGCAAUAGGACGAGAUCUCGGUUUACCCAGUGAAAUGGUCAGCAGACAUCCGUUUCCAGGUCCAGGUCUCGCUAUACGUGUGAUAUGUGCGGAGGAACCUUACAUUUGUAAAGACUUUGCAGAGACUGCUGUUAUUAUCAAAUUUAUUGUAGAUUUUGCUCAGGCAUCCAAAACUCCACAUAAUUUACUGAGUAAAAUUUUGAAGAGUACAUCAGAGGAAGAACAAGUAUUUCUAGAACAGUUCAGUAAAGACAUAAAUCUCACAACAACUCUACUGCCAAUAAAAACAGUUGGUGUGCAGGGUGACUGUAGAACAUACAGUUAUGUUGCUGCACUCUCAUCAAAACAAAAACCAAAACACUUAGAUUGGAACAAAGUGAUGACACUGGCUAAAAUUAUACCUAGAAUUUGUCAUAAUAUAAACAGAGUUGUAUAUAUCUUUGGAGAUCCAGUAAAGUUUCCAGUUGAGGAUAUCACUCCCACAUAUCUCACAGAGGGCGUGUUAAGUACGUUACGACAAGUGGACUAUGUUGCUACAAAAGUUUUACAUGACACUAAGUGUACACAUAAACUCAGUCAAAUGCCAGUUGUUAUAGUGCCAUUACACUUCGAUAGAGACCCUUCACAACAUCAGCCGUCGUGUCAAAGGUCAAUAGUGAUACGGACAUUCCUAACACAUGAUUUUAUGACUGGAAUAGCAGCUCAACCAAAUAAACACUUGCCAAUUGAAGUAAUAGAGGACAUGGUAUCAGCUAUAGAAACUGUUCCAGGUAUAUCUAGGGUGAUGUACGAUCUCUCGUCUAAACCACCGGGUACCACAGAGUGGGAGUAACCAAUCAAGAUUGCAGAGGUCAGACUGCAUAAACAACAACAAAUGGUGCUAUGUAUAGAGAUUGUUAAAAGUGGAAAUCGCAAAAUUGAUGAAUCUCAAAAAAAUUUUGCUGAGUGAAAACUUAGCUUCCAGAUGUAGGGACAGAGGUUGUUAACUAAUUAAGAGUAAUAGGAAUGGGAGAAAAUGCAGUAUAUUGAACUACACCAUGGUGCUUCGCAUUAUUGUCACAUAUAAUUUAUCAUUAAACAUGCUUUAUUAAUCAUUUCAGAUUUGCUUAUAAUACUCUGUGUAGCACUGAAAAUGCGUAUCAGUGAAAUGAAGUUGAAAUUGGGCCUAAUUGCUGCACACAACAUAAUUUUUUACCAUAUACUGUAAAAGCUUAUAUUUUCGCUGUGUCAAAAUUUUGCGAAUUACAAAUACAGUCUACUCGGUAUCUCAAACUCGCUUACCUCGAAAUACCGCUUAAGUCAAAGAAAUUUUCAAGUCCCGUCAAAUUUCCUUCUUUAUAUAUGUAAUUCAAGUCUGGUUACGUCAAAAUUUGACUUACCGAGAUUCCGGAUGUGUCGAAAGGGAUUUUCAGCCCCGUCAGUAAAAUUCAAGUGCACUGUAAACUCAGUAAGUCGAAGUGAGAAAAAUAUGCGAUAGAAUUUCACACAUCUCAUUGUGAAUGUGGUUGGUUUUUAACACAUGUUUAACACAUGUUCAUGUUUAUUGCCUAACCAAAAAGCCAUGAUACCAACAUAUCAAAGGUGUGGCGAUUAUCAAAGUGAGAUGAUGUCAUACUUGUUUGCAUGUGCCAUAAUGAUAAUUGUUUGAUGUAAACAUUAGACUUCUUAAUCAGCGAUCAUUUGUUUUUGAGACGUUAUGAAAAUUGCUUUUAAUUUAAACUAAAUGAAUUAAUUAGCUUGAACAGUUGGGAUCUUUAAUAAGGAUUAAUUAGAGGUAAUCCCGAUGAGACUGUAUCAAAAAUUAACUUCUUUGGGGAAAGCAUCAUUCGUUCAAAAUGUCAGAUCGAAAUGCUGUCAAUCCUCCGGGAGAGAAACGUGGUACAAAAAGGAAACUUGACUCAAAAACAUUUGAGGUUAGUAUCAUUUUUAUUCUUCGAAAACCUGAAAACUUUGAUAAACAUAAACUGUACGGAAUUGUGUACACGUGAAGUUCCAAGAGCGUAUACACGUCAUCAAGGAAACAGUUUUUAUUUUUUAUUAAAUCUUUUCGUAACUUAACCAACUUUUUUUCAUCAUUCGUCCAGAUACAUCCCUCCUCAUAACUUGAAUUUCGGUUAUCUCGAAAUAAGAAGCACGGUUCCUUGAAAUUCGAGAUACCGAGGUUCGACUGUAUAAGAGUUUGUUCGCUUUUGGGCUUUUAAUAAGUGGGGUGUACAUAAAAGUUACACAUCGUAAAGCGUUAGCUUUAGGCUGUCUAUCGUAAAGAUUGAUUGCUAUUAAUUGUAUAGAUGUUUUAAGACUAAAUUACCUGUAAACCACAGCAACUCUAUACCUAUAACAACACGGCUUUACAUGAAAUCUAUAUUAAGGGGCAGCGAUGUCAAUGUUAAAUUGAAUAUUUGAAUGUUUAAUUAAUUAAACACCCUAUAAACACAAAAGUUAUCAUAUCAUUCUAAAUUUAACAGUUACAGGGUUUGUUUUGUCCGUCUUUAAAAUUAUACUAACAUAUAGGUCUUACACCACCAUGAAAAGCUGAAUAUUGCCAUAUGAUCUAUAUAUGUGUUAGUAUGACUUAAACUUGGCAAUAACAAAAUUCACUGUUGUUUAGCAAAAAGAUGCUAUUUACCCGUUUGGUUUAUAAUGUAGAUAGCAACUUUUGCCAAUAGUUAAGAUUAGAAGUAAGCACAACAAUAACAUAAGGACCUGGGUAGCACUGUGAUCCUAUAUGCAAAAUAAUGAUAAAAAAAAACACCUGUAACUAAUUAACAAUAAUAUACUAAAUAUAUAGUGCUUCAUUUUUAUUUAUUCUAAAUGAUACAGAAGCAAAGGCAUUAGUUACUGUAGGGAACAUGCUGAAACAGCCAGUGAUAUUUGUGGAUAAACUGUUGAAAAUUGGCAAUAAAUAAACAAAUUAUUAGCUGUGUAAUUGUAUUUUCAUUUUACUUUUUCACAUUGAAAAAAAAAUUAAAUGUAUAUUGUCAAAAUCCAAAAUAAAGAUCUUUCUAUUCAAAAUGUACAAAUAUUUUUAAAUGAGGCAAUUUGUGCCAUAGCUUGUGAUAACCUUCUGUUGUUUACUGUACUCUGUUCUGUUCUGUCAACGUUCAUGCUGCAAAACUGCUUCCAGUGAAAUUUGAUACUAAAAUUUUUAUGUAUAUGUUAUUACUUUGGUGACUUACAACUUUGUCCUGUAAUUCCGUUGGCCCAGCCAGUACAAUAGCAUUUUCAGCUUUUGUCUUGUAUUGUUACAGGCAUGUGCAUAAAAGUUCUUUUAUUCUGUCAAGCUGCAUGUUUUGUUGUGGCUGGGAGACUAAAUAACAUUACGAGACACCAACAAAAGCUGAAAAUGUUUGUUUUGGUAAAAAUGACACAUUGAAAAACAGCAUUUGGGAGACAAUCUGCUUCAAAGUUUACAGACAAGUUGUAUAAAAUGGCUGAUGCAUAUUUAAGUAACGCCAUUUAACAUGUUUAAAAUGCAAGUUUCCAAUAACAUUUUAGACUAAUAUUACAAACUUAAUUGGGAGACGUGCUGUACUUGAUCUUUUUAUUGAUCCUAUUACCAUAGUUACAGUGAAACUAAAGAAAAGUAUUUUAUCUUGGUUAAAUAUAUUAUAUUGGUGGACAGUAAAAUCUGUUUUUAACUUGUGCAUGUACAUUGAAGUAGUUAUUGAUAAAGUUGAAUGAAUUCA